AGUGACAAAUUCGGAAAAAACGUUUAGUAAUUGCAUUUCUCAACUGUCAUAUCUCCUACAUGAUAAAGCGGAUUUUUGGAAUUCAAGGAUUCCAUGAAAGCUUCGCAUGUAAGAUGCCUUGGGGUACGGGCCUGAUACCAUUUGAUAAUUUAUAACUGUAUUUUAGCUGCUUUAGUUGUAGUACGGAUUGAAAUCCCCCGUGAUUCAAGCGGAUUCACUGCCAAGACGAACUUUCCAUGCAUAGGGUUUCAAAGAUUACAUUUUAAAAUAAAACAGCCAGAUCAAUAAUAAGUUGCACAAAAUGUUAAUAUUGAACUCAACGGAAGAAACUGCAAAAAAUAAAAAUAAUAAUAAAACAAUGUCCGUAGCUGAAGUAGGACGAAAAUCAAAAGCGCUAGUGUUUAUCUUUACUAAAUAAUCAACCCAAUAAAAGACGAGACAUGACUUACACCAAAAUGACGAAAUGCAGUCUAAUGUGCCAUUUAAAAGUACCGUUUAAAUUGCCUUUAGAAUUACUGUUCCUAACUUAAUGGAGAAAACAUAGUCAGCACAAUUAUGCAUCGAUGUCAAGACGUUUAGACCGAUUAGUAGAGAAACAGCUGUCAAUUAAACACAAUAUGAGAACAUUGUCACAAAUGGUACAUUUCUGAUGUCGUAGAAAAGUACAUCAUUGCGCAAUACAAUACUUCAAGAUUAGGGAAAUUUAGAACAUUAGGACCAUGCAGGCUUUGGUUGUCUUCGAUUUGUGUAGGGGACGAAGAGGUGACCGCUGAGAUUCCAAGGCCCAGGAUACCAAGAGCAACAUCUCUGGCUGAACAUGGUUAACAUAUCUACGCAUGACAACACAACACAGCACUUUCAUCCGCUGACCCAGCAUGAGGAGCCCACGGCAUCCUUCUAUUUCCGCAUCUCCUCGUUCUCGUUUAUGAUCCUGGCCGCCAUAUUUGGAAACUUAGUGGUAAUCAAGACUAUCGUUGCAAUCCCGGCACGUAAGCCAUUAACCUACUACCUGGUCACCAAUCUGGCCGUGGCUGAACUGAUCGGGGCUGUUUUCCUGCCAAUGCUGGUUGCCUACGAGGAGUUAAGUGACUGGGUGUUUGGCCCAGCCAUCUGUCACCUGGCCAGUCCCGGGCAAAUCAUGUGUGGUCUUACAGUUACCUGGUCGCUGGCUGCUAUUUCAGUGCACAGAUAUCGCAUGAUUGGCGUUUACAGGCUGCAGACACCAGCCCCGCGUAUGGUACACUUGUUCAUUGGUUUGGUCUGGGUUGGCGCUUUCAUUGUAACAUUUCCGUCUCUGGUUUUCUCUAAAGUCGUGAACUCGCCUCUAGAUGAAGGAACGAAAUGGUGUGUUGUUCUGUUUCCAGGGGAGAGUUUGGAGACGUUCCCAUCAAAAAACUACAGAAUGUACAUCCUUUUCCGGUUUAUCCUGAACUUCAUCCUCCCUAUCCUAACGAUGGUGACGGCAUACGGGGCGAUAGGUGUCAACAUACACAUGGCUCUUAAACGAGGUCGUCAAUCAAAGGAAGAGGUCUCGGUUGAACUGUGCAUGGAGGAUACGCCAUCUUCGGAUAGACCAAUCUCCAUCCCAAAACUUUAUGUCACGCCACCCGAGGAUGAACCUGGGAACGUCACACAACAAAGACGAGACCACACACUAUUGUCACGCAAGUGGUACCAGCCCUGCCAGCGAAGAGAGACAAACAUAGAAGGGAACCAGCUGGAGGAGCUUGAGCACGACCUUCUUCGUAUGAUCUACGUCAUCGUCCUUGUCUUUAUCAUCUGCUACUUCCCAUACCAGCUGUUUUUCAUUUUGGAAUACUUCAAUGUCCUUUCCUUCGGGUUGUGGGAGUACUUCCAUAUUACAAGAAAGUAUAUAUUUCUCAUAACGUGUUUGCCAAGUGCGUUGCAUCCACUAUGUUAUGGGACAAUGAGCAAGUUCUACGCUAAGGCCUUCUUUCGGAUUGUAUUGUGCAAGUGGUUCUCAAAGCGUGGUGCUGGUGAUUGAUUGAGCAAAGAGACUGAACACUGUUUUCAAAAUAACUGUAUUAACCACACAUGUUAAUUUUAGUUCAUUCAGCAGAAAUGCCUUGAUUAAGUCAAGCUUGAUUUGACUUUUAGUAACAUAAUGUUAUAUAUCUUGAUGUGAUACUGUACACUAAUCAAUUGAACAAACAGACAAACCUAUGUUGAUGAGAUAUACUAAGCCAAACUCACGCGACAGACUAAAAAACAAUGAUAAUAUAGGCAGGUUAUACUUGAUGUUAUAGACAAAAAAAAGGUUGAUAUAAUCUAAUACAUGUAAAAUCUUAUUAAAACUAGUCAAACUUGAUGUUAUCAGGUAUGACAACUUCCCUCAAGUUUUCCAUUCCAGGUUCUGGCUCCUCUCCAAUAAGAAUAUGAAUGCACUUCAGACAGGUUGCUUGAGCUAUUUCGUCUUUUUCCCAAUUGUGCAAUUCUCUGAGAAUUACAUAAACAUUCUUAUCUCGCAUAAUUGUUCUCCCAUUUUUUGUUGCCAGAAGCUAUAUAAAGAGAAGAAAAAAAAACAUUUCAAAGAAAACAAAACCCCUCCUUUGUUUUCAUUUUAGUUAUAUUUGCAAUACCUUUUUUCCUUUUCUUUUCAAAUACAUUGUUCUACAUUGAUAUUUCACUUGAAUUUAAAUUUUAAAUGGCAAAUUUAAAAGGCAAUUUCUGCUGUUCAGCUGUAUCACCAGCCCUCAGAAAAGGUUCAAACUGCUAAUCCUCUACUGUUACUGUAAUCAUAGUCAGCUGGUAAACUUGUUUAAUUGUCAACAUGCUUGUAAACAAUCAGUCUUUACUAAGACAUACACACUUUUGAUUGAUAGAAAUUUGCCCAAAGUAAACCGAAUAGUACAUAUAUUUGUAAAAUUGAGGAGUAAAUGUAAUAAAAAGGAUCUCAUGGCA